AUGGUGAUGCGGCAGUGCUGCGGCUUCAAGCCCUCCCAGGCCACGAGCGCCAAGACCCUAACCCCUUCCCCAACAUCUCCGGCAGCGGCAGCGGUGCCUCUUCCUCACCGACCACGGGCCCCAUCCCGCAUAUCCGGCAACGGCGCCCUCCCCGCGGCAACUGUUCCCCAUCCUGACAUGCUGGCAUGGCGGCCUCUGGCGGCGGCGCAUCCCCAGCCGGCUCCAGCAUGGUCAUGGUGUGCGCGGAUCUGCCAACGGAGGAUGGCUGGAAUGAAUUCCUCUCCAUUUGGUGUGAGGGCGACGGUGGCUCAGACAAAGGACAUGGCUUGCGACGUUCACAACUUCCUUGCCUUGCGGCGAUGGCGUAGGGUGAUCUUGAUGUAG